GUUUUUGCCUAGAGGCACGUACUGCUUUGGACCGAUUCGAAACUUUCCCAAACUAGUUCGUAUAAAACGAAAACACGUGAUCUGUGGAAUACGUUCUGAGAAAACACGAACACUUCUGUAUUUUGUGAACGCGAAGGCGAACAAACCUUACAACAUAACCUCAAUAUCCGUAAAAUGUUGCUGUAAAUAAGAUGUCAGAAAAUGAUAUUUUAAAUUUAAAUGAAAUAAGUUGGUCUUUCAAAGAAGUGUGUAAAUUUGCUAAAGAUAUAAAACCGGACAAUUGGUGUAUCGUUCUAUCUAGUGAUAGGAUAGCUUUUAUAGAAAUAAAGUUGCCUCAUCAUACUGGUCCUGCCAAUUUGCAGAAACAACUCAUCUUGAGCAAUUACUUGCACAUAGAAGUAUACGUCGGGAAUACCAAACUGAAUGAUAAAGUACUGCAUACAAAUCUUGUCAAUAGUUUCGUUGAGCUGAAGGAAAAAUUGGAAACCCUUGAGAGGUUUGGAACUUGCCUUGGAAAUAGAAACUUUCACAGAACAAGCCAAAACGAUUCCUAUGCAAAGAAAGAAUAUUGGAGGCAUGGACAAUGUUUAUUACUGUAUGAAAAAACGCUGUAUAGGAGAGAACGCUGUUGUGACAAUUGUUUUUCACUAAAUCAUUUUCUAACCAAAAAACAAAGAGAACUUGUAAUUCCUGCAGUUGACGAAGACGACGACGACGAUGUUGAAGAGAAACCAGACAUUAAGAGAAUUAAGCCAGAAGCAAUUGAAAUUAAAGAUGAACCAGUGGACUAGCGUAUUCCCUUGCUUCUGAACCGACCCUCUCGAUUUGUAUAUUGAGUGCUGUUAUAAUCUUGUCACUAAAAUUUUCCUGUUGAGCUAUGGAGUCGACUCUGGUUCCUGUGUUAGAGGUUCUUCGAGCGGCAUCUAGUCAAAACCCUGAAAUUCUCAAACCAGCAGAGACAAAGCUGAAAGAAUGGGAAGUUCAACCUGGCUUCUACACAGUCCUCUUUAACAUUAUAUCCAAUCAUUCAGUUGAUGUCAACGUUCGCUGGAUAGCAGUACUUUACAUGAAAAAUGGCAUCGAAAAAUACUGGAGAAAAAAUGCACCCAAUGCCAUACCCGAGGAAGAGAAACAAAAUAUACGGCAGGGUUUAUUGACUAGCUUCACUGAACCUGUCAAUCAGAUUGCCAUUCAAAGGGCAGUUUUGAUAUCGAUAAUAGCGAGAAUGGACUGCCCAAAGGACUGGCCAGAACUGUACCCAACUUUAUUGUUGGCUAUUGAAAGUGCUGAUGGUUUAAUUCAGCAUAGGUCAUUGCUGACUUUACACCAUGUAGUUAAGGCUAUUUCUUCCAAAAAGCUAGCGUGCGAUAGAAUGCUUUUUCACGAAUUCACUCUGAACAUUUAUGCGUUUGUUUUGAAUCUGUGGAAUACCUAUUCCGAGAAUUUCGUGAGAGAUAUUGUGCAGAACUCUACAGCUGCAGUAAUUACAGUGAACUUAGAAAAAGCGUUGCUCACACUCAGAAUUUUGAGGAAAUUAUCAGUGUUUGGUUUCUACCGAAGUUUAUACAAACCUCAUGAGAAUAAGGACUAUGUUAAUUUCAUGAAGGAGAUUUUCGUCAAAGCAAAAACAGUCUUACAGUGUCGCAAGCAGCUGAAGGGAAAGGGCAUAUAUGUUCUGGAGUUAUGCGAAAAAUACAUCAUACAUCUAACCAAAGUUCUAUUGUCGAUCUUAGAGUUGCACCCGUUUUCUUUUAUAGAUUUCAUCCAACCAACUCUGGAACUCACUUUUUAUUAUCUUUUCACUGAUGAAGGUAUCGGCCUGAUAUUUGAAAGAUUUGUGAUACAGUGCUUUAAUCUCAUAAAAAACAUUUUGUUAUGUGUAGAAUAUAAACCAGCCAGAAAACUGCAAAAACAGAGAAAUCCUGAGACGAUAAAUCCUGACGUGAUGAAUCCUGAGACGUUGCGAUCCUAUGAAAUAAAAAAAAUGUUUUUUCAACCUCAUACCGUUUCAGACAUGUGCCGAAAAUUGGUAGGGCAUUAUUUCAUUUUGACACAGGAUGAGCUCGACUCGUGGGAUGCUGAUCCUGAGGAGUUUUCCAAUGAUGAAAGUGGAGAUAGCUGGAAGUACAGUUUGAGGCCCAGUAUGGACACAGUUUUCGUUACCAUUUUCCAUGAAUACAAGGAAUUUUCGAUACCAGUCAUACUAGAAUUAGUAUCGGAAACGAACGUAUUGGUACCUCCUGAAGACAUGCAGGGUAUCCUAAAGAAAGACGCUGUUUAUAAUGCUGUCGGUUUAUGCGCCUUCGAUUUGUACGACGAAAUCGACUUCGACCAGUGGUUCGUGAACACUCUACUUCAAGAGUUGCGGAUAAAGCACAACAACUAUAGGGUAAUUCGAAGGCAAGUGACAUCGAUGAUUGGGCGUUGGACUAUUAAAUUUAGGAGCGAGUUGAGACCAGCUCUCUAUGAAUGCAUCAACAGCUUAUUGGCGCCAAAUGAGGACAUGGCUGUGAGGUUGACUGCUGCAGCUACUCUGCGAUUCGCGAUAGAUGAUUUUGAGUUCAACUGUGAGCAGUUCAAAGAAUACAUGUUCGACUCGUUCAACUUGCUGUUCACUCUGUUAAAGGAAGCUAGGGAGUGUGAAACGAAGAUGCAAGUGUUGAACGUUAUGACUCUCCUUUUAGAGCGAAUGGGAAGCACGAUUCAGCUGCAACUGGAUUCGCUCGUACAUUAUCUCCCCCACCUUUGGCAGGAAUCUGAAGAACACAACAUGCUCCGGUGUGCUAUAGUUUCCACGCUCGUUCAACUAGUCAAGGCAUUGGGAGGGGUCAAACCUGAGCUGAAUCCCUUCUUGUUACCCAUCAUUCAGCUUGGGACAGAUACAACUCAAAGUGCUAUAUUGUAUUUGUUGGAAGAUUCCUUGGAUUUGUGGUUGACUGUGUUGGAAUACUCUCCAGCUAUGACCAAUGAACUAAUGAGUUUAUUCAAUAAUAUGCCUCCUCUGUUGGAAUAUUCCACAGAAACCCUUCGACAGUGUCUAAUAAUUUGUCAGGUUCACCUGUUAUUAGCACCUGAACUGGUUAUGCGUACCAAUGGUAUGCAGGUCAUACAAAUAUGUGACAAUUUGAUGCCCGAUUUGAAAAAUGAGGGAAUAGUAAUAUUGAUGCGACUUGUUGAAGUCUACAUUAGAGCUUCGCCACUGCUAGGAUCAGAGACGACACUUCCUAUUCUACCUAGAAUAUUCCAGAGAAUAUACUGCAGUGAAGAAUAUCCCAUGCUCAUGUCAAUGUAUCUUUGUAUAUUAUCUAGGGUGUUGUUGUCUUCUCACGAAAUUUUCACGAGAGUUCUAAAUAACGUUGCACAAGCACAUAACGAGACUGACCAAACUACUUUGGGAAAGAUUCUGGAUGUCUGGCUCGAUAAAAUGAGGAACGUUGCCGAACUCGAUCAUAGAAAAUUGUUGGGAUUAGCACUUGUUAAUUUGUUAACGACUCAGAGCGGGCCAGUCCUCGAGCGGUUUGGCCUGAUAAUUUUGAACAUUCUAGAAUCUCUCAAUGAUAUCACCAAGCCUGAAGAAAAUGGAACUAUGACUGACUCCUUGGUUUUGACGGAAGGGCAAAGUCCGAGUCACUUCGAAGAUGGAGAUGGGUUUUAUGAAACUGAUCAUGAUGAGAGGAAAAAACUACUUGUUUUGUCGGAUCCUGUGCAUACGAUUGUUCUGAAAGAUUAUCUUCAAUCACAGUUGUUUGAGUUGAGGAAUCAGGUGGGGCUACAACAGUAUCAACAGUUGUUACAGUGCGUAGAUGGGGAUACAUUAUCCCAACUCAAAGAUUACAUAACUUUAUAAUAACAUAAAAUUGAUUGAAUCAAUGCUAGAAUAAAUCAUGAAAUGUUAUUUAAUUAUUUAAUUUCUUUGGAAUACAUCAUCAGAUGGAAGCUUUAUGUAUGAAUAUAAAUAGUUUUUAUGAUUGUUUUGUCCCUACUUGGUAAUUUUCAAAUGAUUGGAUGUUUGAACUUGAAAAUUUAGAUCAGUUUGUAUAUUUUAUCAAACGCAUUAUUGUUUUCAUAUAUGGAUAUUAUUGGCCUUGUCCUUAUUUUGUAUAUGGCGCGUUAAUAUAUUGAAUAAAUAUUAUUUCACAAUUAAUA